AUGCCCUCUUUCACCAUCGAAGCAGAGGGCGAAACCAACCCUCUAAGUCGGACUGCUGUCAUUUCCACCCUCACAAAUGCUUCCCAUCCUACCGCCCAAUCUCUCAAAGUAGCCACCCAGCAGAUCGGAAAUUGGGAGAAGACACCGGGCUAUUACGCUCUUCUCCAAGACGUCUACGCAGAUCUGUCUUUGAGUCAUGAGGUGCGCUUCCAGGCCAUCAUUCAACUGAAAAAUGGCAUCGACAAAUAUUGGCGCAAAACCUCAUUGAAUGCCAUCGACAAGAGUGAAAAAGAACGCAUCCGAUCAAAAUCCAUCGAAGCCGGUCUCCGCGAACCGGUCUCCGCUCUCGCCCUUCAGAAUGCCUUGAUGCUCGCAAAAAUUGUGCGCUACGAGUUCCCUCAUGAUUGGCCCGAAGUUAUCACAGUGAUCAUUCAUCAUCUGCGUGCUGCGAGUCAUGAUCUGAACGCAAGUCUGUACACUUCCAACAUCUUGACCAUGACCCUACAAGUCAUAAAGGAGCUAGCUUCUGGAAGGCUCCAGCGGACGAAAAAGAGCCUACAACAGGUCUCAUUGGAACUUCUUCGGGUGCUUGGCAGCCUUUACAUCAGUUUGGUCGCCAGGUGGCAACAAGGGGGAACGCAGUCUGAUCUGGCCGGUGCUGUCAACAGUCAUUCGGCGCUGAAGACUCUAAGACGGCUUCUUGUUGUGGGAUUUGAGAGCCCACAUCGUGAACAAGACGUCUCCCAGUUCUGGAUUCUUUUGCAAGACCACCAGCAGAAUUUCUGGAACGCGUACAAUCAAAGCCCGCCCGCGGGUUUUCACAACAUGCUUAUGAAGCAUCUUCUACAACUGUCCAAGCUUUAUCUGGACAUGGCCCGCAAUCACCCGGCCUCGUUUGUCCUUCUAGGCUGCACAGACAUAUUGAAUCGAUCGUGGAAUAUCAUCAGUCGAAGUGAUGCCAAAACGGCCCUACAAAGCAAUUUUGACUGGGCUGUUUAUCGGAAUGGAGACAGCACGGAUGAAUCACCGAUCGAAAAGCUUUCACUGAAAGCAUUGCUGCUGUUUCGAGCUUGUCUGAAGAUGGCUUUCAACCCGGUACAAACAUUCAGGUAUCAAACGCCACAAGACAAGGCGGACAGGAAGAACGCUGUUGAUUUUGUCAAAAACACGGUCCUAACAGAAGGCUUUGUCAUUCAGCUCAUGGAGAUCCUGGUGACACAAUAUUUCGUCCUUCGACCUUCCGACUUGAGAGAUUGGGAGCAAGAACCCGACGAAUGGGAAAGACGUGAAGAAGAAAUCGCAGAUGCAUGGGAAUUUUCAAUCCGUUCGUGUUCUGAAAAAUUGUUCCUUGACCUCGUCAUCAACUUCAAAGAGCUUCUCGUACCCCGCCUGCUUCAGGUCUUUCAACAAUAUGGUACGACCGAUAGUAACAAUGUUCUGCUGAAAGACAGUCUCUACUCCGCCAUUGGCAUUGCCGCAGCUUGCUUGGAAGACAUUCUCGACUUCAAUACCUUUGUACGUACAACGCUUGUGCCGGAGGUACAGAUGAAUCGGCCCAACUACAAUCUCCUUCGGCGACGAACGGCAAUUUUGCUUGGCCAGUGGGUUCCAAUCAAACCAGAAUCUCUCGACCGAGUUGCCGUCUAUCAGAUCUUCACGCAUCUUCUAGCGAAUCGCGAUCAACUCAACGACCAUGUUGUUCGAGUCACGGCAGGUCGCCAAUUGCGUCUAGUUCUGGAACCAUUCGAAUUCAAGUUCGCUGACUUCCAGCCAUAUGCCACCCCAUUGCUCGAGAGUCUUAUGUCUCUCAUUGCCGAGACCGAGCUGUCUGAAACAAAGAUGGCACUCCUUGAAACGGUCCGAGUGGCAGUAACCAAACUCGAGGGUCAUAUUGAGCCAUACGCACAAGGAAUCAUGUCCAUGCUCCCGCCUCUGUGGACAGAAUCCGGUGAAGAACAUUUGAUGAAGCAAGCCAUACUGACCAUGAUUACUGCAAUCGUCAACAGCCUUGGCCAGAAGAGUUUAUCCUACCAUGGUGCCGUCCUGUCCAUCAUUCAUGAUUCCGUCCAGCCAGAAUCCGAGGCCAUUGUCUAUCUCCUUGAAGAAGCGCUCGAUCUCUGGGCGGCGAUUCUGCAACAAACACCAAAGGAUGGAGCCUCAGCAGAUCUCCUUUCCUUAUCUCAAUCUCUCCUCCCUCUGCUCGACAUGGGUAGCGAGCUUCUUCGCCAAAUGUUCGACAUUGUCGAAUCAUACACUAUCCUCUCACCCACAACAGUUCUAUCCCCUCAAUUCCUGACCCCGUUCCUCCAGAAAAUGAAAGACCUGUUGCCAAUGCUUACGUCGACCCGUACACGAGAUGGAACCCUCGCACCGCACGUUCUCGAGAACGUCGUCUCCACAAUCUCCAUCGAAUCCUACUCAGAACUCAACCCCCAGCAGGCCCUCACUCACUUACUUGAAUCCAUGCUCAGCACCGGCUAUCUCGCAUCAAUUCUAGAACUCCUUAAAGAAGCCCACGAAUACCAUCAGGACCCCCGUCCAAACCGCAGACCGCCUGAAAUAAUCAGUCCGGGAGAAGCAUGUCUCUUCACACUCCUUUCGCGUGUCGUCCUCUUAUCUCCCGAUCAAUUCGUUCAAGCCAUCGCCGCCACGAAUAUCACAUCCACAUCGCCCUCAACCUCUGCUGCAGGAUCUCCCACGUCCUCGCCCCCGACUCAGUGGCUACUGACCGAAUGGCUCCACUCAAUCGACAGCAUCGGUGACAUCCUGCGCAAGAAGCUCCAAAUCCUCGCACUGACGAACCUUCUCACCGCCACAACCCCACCCUUCCCACAACUCAUGUUCGAAAAUUUGCAGUCUCUCCUGACGAUCUGGACCGACGUCGCCGUGGAGCUGGGUCAAGAAGCCUCCGAUGAAAGCGAGGGUGACUACCUCUGGCAUAACAGGCCGGGCGAAGUGCCGGAGUGGCCGGACGCGACGCCCGAAGACGCCCGGAAACGCGCCGUCAGCAACGCCGACCCCAUCUACACGAUUAACAUCCGCGAUUUCAUUGCCACGAGGCUCCGUCACGCGAUGGACCGUGCAGGGGGACCCGCCGCGUUCGAGCAGGAAUGGCUGACCAGAAUCGAUUCAGCCGUGCUCAAGGCUUUCGUGGAUUUGAAGGUACUUUGA